UUGAAGUGACGUUGCCAAAGAAGCGUCUCUCUGCUCUGUGAAUAAUUAGGUGCGUGUUCGAGUCCAAUCUCAUAGCUUGUGAGUUAGUAAACUCGUUUCCGGCUUCGCUGUUGUGUAGCUACUGCAAUAAAAACAUAAAACCCGAUUGUGGGUGGCUUUGGUCUAGUUAAGAAAAUUGUGGCGCAAAAUUUCUCCGGUGGAUAAAGUGAUAAGCCAGAGGAUAUAAUCUUAAACUACCUUUCAGGCGAACGGGAACGGUUUAUUCAACGUAAGAUAGAAGUCGACGUUGGAAGAGAUGGUUUUGUUGGUAUCUGGCGUGUGUUUUAAAUAAACAAGAAAAGUAGGAUUAUGUUAGUGUUGAAAAAAAUAAAAAUGCACUGAUUACAAGAUUGAAAAUAGUAGCAGCUCCCAAGUAGAUCGCUUUUCAACUUAUAUCAUAACUAACACAUUCUGUAGGAAGCAAAACGUUGAUACGCUCAAUACCUUAAAAUUAUUGAUCAAGUUACUUCUAAGCAUAUCGCGUAGUUCAAAUAUGUGUCCUUUGUCAUAGUUGCCGUUUCCAGUGUCUACAUAGUGCUGUCUGGCUCCUGACUAGCCAGCUAUCGAAUGCAGAUCGAUUCGAUGCUCGUUACUGUUUUAUGUUCACCGGUGUAUUGGUUUGAAUUUUAAAACAGAUGUAACAAUACUGAAUAAUUGAUCAGAUUUCCGUCGGCGGCAACCAUUCACGAAAAUGGCUACAAACGUGGUGUAGUAUUGUUGGAAGCGUGAGUGUACAAUAUAAUAACCCGUCACGAAGGAGCAGAUGCAAUUGGUGUCGCCCUCCAUUUCGCCGUUGCCAACCACGAAACUACGUUGCUGAGUUACCCUCCGUUCGGUGGGAAUAGUGGAGUAAGUGAAACGCUAAAAAUAGUAAAAUAGUGAAUUAUUAGUGGAUAUUUUUAAGGAAGCGAAAGGUAUGGUGUGAUCCCACCUAGCGAGUUGAUUAAUUAAUAUUGGGUUAAUGAGUUUAUAAAUCUUAUAACGUAUCCAGCACAGUAGAGCCGACAAGUGUACACAUCUGUGUAAACAGUGAAAUUAGCUAUAAAGUGAUAUAUUGAAGGUCAGUCAGUCGAUGGUGGUGGGAAUCCAAAUAUUUGCAAUCUUAUUUAAACGAGUGAGUGAUUGAUCAACGCUGUAAGAAGAACAUACAUGUAGAAAAAUAAAAAAUCAGUUGCGCCAAUAGAGAAUUUAAUGGAUUACCAGUGUUUUAUAUGUGUCGUUUAUACUGAAACGUAAGAGCACCAACAUCGUUAGAAAGUUAUAAUAUACCUUCACAAAUUUUGGAAAAUCGCCGUUUUUAUGUAAAUAGCACGAAUAGAUUACAGCACAGUGCAAAGGGAGGAGUGAAUCCCAAUAAACGUAUCAUCUUAGCACUUUAUCUCAACGUACAUGUGACCAAUUUUAGAGGAGCAUAUUUAAUACAUAUCUAUAAACAUUCAAGAUAACAACAUAAACGAAUUUUGUGGACCUGAGCCAAGGUGCGAGUUUAGUAAGGCACAGGAGGUAGAGCGCGGAAAAUGUCCCUUCAGAAUGACGCCGAUCCAACGAGCAAUUCGGGUUAUGGCAGUUCGGACGAAACCGCUUCUUUGCUAAUAACGUCCACAAAUAACAACAGCAACAACAGUAACAGCAGCACAACGACAACUACGGGAUCAAGUAUUAUAUCGACCAUUAGCAAGUCUAGAAUGGCAUCACACAGUUCGUUUAAUGGACCAACAAACCAACAGUCAACGACAAGUGUCGGCAGCACAAGUCCGAAAACGAUGAUGGCCUCUGGUGCCAAUAGCAAUGCCGCUAGUAGCGGUAAUAAUAGUAACAAUACCAACAAGCCAACUUUGAUACGACAAGACAGAACGUCAACAUAUCUCGCAAGCCCCCAGCUAUCGACAAUUGGUCUGGGUGGGUCAGAAGAGAGCGCUCAGGGAGGAGACGAUGAUCAGCACAACGCACGCUCCGUUCCCGACAUUGAGAUGCAUUGCCGCCCGGAAGCACCAGCCAUAGCCGUAUCAAACUCGUGCCAUAGCGACGGUCGGGGGACAGCAACAGGUGGUAGUGGCUAUCAGCUAGUGCCAUACAACAGAUGUCGCGCUUGCCGCAACUGUGAUAGACGUGCCUCCACUACACCGGUGUCUUCGCUACAACUUACACGUUCGGUUUCGAAGGAAAGCGUCCGAAGUGCGCUCCACAGUCGACUAACGGUUCAACACUCGACUAUACCGCCAGUGCUGAUUACAUCAUCGCCCACAUCCGGGUCCAGAAUCAUACGCCAAAGCUCUCAGCCAGAAGCCAGUUCGCAUAUCUGCUGUGGGAGCCAGUGUGCGCAUGUUGGUGCACACCCUAGCUCCUCACUGCGGCAGUUACGCGAACCUGGCGACGGUAUCGCUGAGAUAGCGGCGGAUUCUCUGCGAAUCAACGGCGGGAUGCGUCAAUUUAGACAGCUAAUUGUGCGCAAAAAGGAAAAGGAGAAGGAAAACGAAAAGACUCUGUCACAAAAUAGGAGAACCCGUCUAAGGAGAGCCUUCACCGAGGCUACGAAUGAGACUGUCAAUUACGCUAGAACGCUCCGAAAGCCCGUGUCAACGCUGUCGAUUCCCGGUUCGAUGAAAACACCGUGCGCCGGAAAUCGGGAAACAGUAUCGGCUGCAUGCACAGAAGAAGCCGGUGUCGCGCUCGUGGGCGUUCAUUCAGAGUAUCCCAGGUACAUGGAGGAGCGAGGCCUGGGUGGCGGCGUCUGUAAAGGUCCCGGCACGGUGCAAGGUGGUCCUGGUCAAAAGCACAAACCGAAUGUCGGAUAUCGACUGGGACGACGAAAAGCAUUGUUCGAGAAACGAAAACGAAUCAGUGAUUACGCCCUCGUCAUGGGUAUGUUCGGAAUUAUUGUGAUGGUUAUAGAAAACGAAUUAAGUAGCGCUGGUGUAUAUACUAAGGCAUCCUUUUAUUCAACUGCUUUAAAAACGUUAAUAUCCGUAUCGACUGUGAUUUUACUCGGGCUCAUUGUAGCCUACCAUGCCUUGGAAGUUCAGCUUUUUAUGAUAGACAACUGUGCGGACGACUGGCGAAUAGCAAUGACCUGGCAGCGAAUGAGCCAAAUAGCUUUAGAAUUACUCAUCUGUGCGGUGCAUCCCAUUCCAGGUCAAUAUUAUUUUCUAUGGACAACCAAGUUAGCGAAUAAGAAUAAAGCCAUGGGAUCGGAACUCGUCCCAUAUGACGUUGCGUUAUCUUUGCCAAUGUUCCUUCGUUUGUACCUGAUAUGCCGUGUGAUGUUGUUACAUUCGAAACUCUUUACCGACGCCUCAUCACGUAGUAUAGGUGCAUUAAAUCGUAUCAAUUUCAAUACACGAUUUGUACUCAAAACAUUAAUGACAAUAUGUCCGGGAACGGUCCUACUAGUAUUCAUGGUUUCAUUAUGGAUAAUAGCAUCAUGGACGCUUCGACAGUGCGAAAGAUUCCACGACGAGGAACAUGCGAACUUGCUAAAUUCAAUGUGGCUUACCGCGAUCACGUUUCUCUGUGUUGGCUACGGUGACAUCGUCCCGAAUACCUACUGCGGCCGAGGCAUCACGCUCACUUGUGGAAUGGUGGGCGCUGGCUGUACGGCACUACUGGUUGCAGUGGUAUCGAGAAAGCUAGAGUUGACCCGAGCGGAAAAACAUGUACACAAUUUCAUGAUGGAUACCCAGCUCACGAAAAGGCUGAAAAAUGCAGCAGCUAAUGUACUUCGAGAAACGUGGUUGAUAUACAAGCACACUCGACUUGUGAAACGUGUCAAUCCCGGACGAGUUCGAACACAUCAGCGAAAGUUCCUGCUGGCAAUCUACGCACUACGGAAAGUAAAAAUGGAUCAGCGAAAGCUAAUGGAUAAUGCUAAUACAAUAACGGAUAUGGCGAAGACUCAGAACACCGUUUACGAAAUCGUUUCGGAUAUGUCAUCUAGACAGGAUGGGUUAGAAGAAAGAAUUACCACCUUAGAGGAUAAGUUACAAGCCAUACAGACACAAAUCGAAAAUCUUCCUGAGGUGUUGAGUCGUUGCCUGACCCAACACCAAGAGCGUAUGGAUCAACGAAGAAACUUUCUUCAUCCGGAUGCGGCAGUAACCGGAUCAUCUUCCGGUUUGCCUACGCCGGCGCCUCCGCUCGGCUCGCCGAUGCUGCUGCCGCACUCCAGUUUCUCUUUUAGGAGCGUUCCGUCGACAUCGACACCGGCCUACCCCUGGCCCGCAAGUCCUAUACUCCCGCCAAUCUCCAGUAGAACGCCGCACCUAGUCCCGGAAACAUUGAUUCCCGCCCCAGCGUCGACGGUAUCAACGGGUAUGUUGAAUUCCAUCACCAAUCCAAGUGGUUUCCAAUCCACCUCGCAAUUCGCCUGCAACCAGUCGUCUACGACCGGGGACACUCAAACGAUCACGCCCAGGACAACCAGCUGAAUCGAAACCAGUAGCUCAAACUCAAUCCCCCUAAUCUCAUUUUCGAACUCCAACUCAACUGUCCCUACGCCAACAUCCAGUAGCAGUAAGUUUACCAAACAGCGAGAGCGAGCAACUCGGUUCUAGUUUCUAGCGAUGACGUUCUAAACUGCAUGCAAAGAUAGCUGAAAUGUGAAUGAAGCCCGUGAUAUGGCAAUCGGGAACCUAAAGUGCAUCUAAUACUAUCUACUGUAGAAAUAGUAACAUAUGAUAUAUAAAGAAGAUGAUGAUAAAAAUAGCAGAAAACAACUAGAAAACCGACCGUAGUUGGAGAAUAGCACUUUUUUUAAAGACUACAUAACGAAUCGUUGGGCGUUAUAAACUAAUCUAACGAUUUCUGAUUGCGGUUAACAAAAAAUGAGAAAGGGGGAAUGGUGACCGAAUUUUUUAAACAGUUCGUCAUAGAUAAACGAAGAGGAGAAAAAAAUCUACCAUAGUUGUAGUGUCAUCGAAACUGAAUUAGAAUGCAUAAAACUAGAGAGGGUGAAUAUUCACAGAUAAAAGCCUCGUUGUAGUGGAUUAGUCCCAUUUUGUAGCCUUUAUUUUAGUACAGACGAACGUGAACUGGUAUUGUUCUCCGGUCAUACCGAAGAAACAAUUCUAUCGUUUAUUUAAUUAUGCACUAAUUUACGAGUUGCAUAAACAUACAACAAUUUUCUAAAAAAAAUAUGAAAAAAAAACUUUUAAAAAGUUGACAAAAGACAUAGGAGAUUACGCAAAACCAAGAAUAGCUAAAAUAUAUAAAGGAGCAGAUAGAGCGAUGGACAUUCACAUUUGUUUUUGUUUUGCUAUUUUGUACUCUUUCAUAAAAUGUUCAGUUGAUUAAAUAAAAGACAAAUCGUACAGUUAUAAUUGCACGUUAAG